AUGGCAUUCGGAAAGAAAGGCGAGACCAUAGAAGUUGACGAUACAGCAUGGAUCCUGGAAAACGGCUUUGCUGAAUUUGUACUCAUGCACACUUCUGAGAUUAAAUACAUGUGCAUGGUCGGAUACACCUUCAUGCAUGGAUGCAAGAUUUUCAAUUACUUUGAGCCAACUGAUUCGGCUGCUUACAAAUUCGUUUCCUUGUGCUUGGCCUGUACUGGUGGAGGUAUCUUGGUUCCCAUUUUCCUCAACAAGCUUCCAGUGACAAUCGCUAUGGACUCCUACCCCAUUGCCAUUACGACAUCUUUCUUCCUCCACAGCAUGUUCCCCAUUUUGAGAGAGAUCUGUGCCUUGUCCCCUAUCUUCAAGGCCGGUGGUGUGAUCCUUUAUGAAAUCUUCCGCGCCUUUGUUGUUUCCAAGUUCACCUAUGCUGCCGCCGGUGUCAUUCCACCUUCGGAGUUUGAAAUUGCCAUAUUUGGUCCCAUCAUCUGUGGUGCCAUUUCUGGAUGCGGUGGAGCCUUCCUCCCCAUGAGCAAGGGUCUUAAUCCCAUUAAGAAGACUGGUCUUGCCCCUCCCAUGUUCUCUGCCUUGACUGGAGCCACCUUCUUCCACUUGUUUGUUCACUACGGCAAGGAAAUCCCACAUGUCAAGGACAAGGCCCGUGUCAUUUUGGCGGCGUGGUUCAUCUUCUACGGACUCUACUCCAAUGGCCUUCUUACCAUGAAGGCAAAGGCACCAGCUGCCGACAAGAAGAAGAAGGAGUAA